AUGAGUACUCUGACAACUACCACAACUACCACCUCAUUUCAUUGUAUAUUCAGAUCGAUUUAUAUUAGACAAUUGAUAUUCAAUCAUAUCAAUGAUAUAUCAAAUCGAUUGGCUGGUAGAAAAGGUAAAGUUGUAGAGUUUCUUCAUUUUAAUAGAACUGAAGGUGCAUCAACAAAGGCGAUGGAUUGGGCAUCUGAAUAUGGCCAUUUAGAUAUUGUCAAAUUCCUUUAUAAACAUCGUAGUGAAUGUGUAUCAACCUCUGCUGUGCAUUGGGCAGUUGCAAAUGGUACAGAAAUUAUAAAGUUCCUUGAAAAAUAUCGUACCCAACCAAUCAAAGAAAGAUAA